UGGUCAUCCUGUUAUGUUUACGCCCCUAAGUUAUGCAAGUUUGAAAUAACAACCCUUAAAUUAUCACAUGCGAGGAGAAAGCCGAGCAAGUAACAUGCUAUCAGAGGCCCUCCAAAUUUCACUACUUCUUGCAGUCUUGCUCAGUUGCCAUGUGCACUUUUCUGGAUCACUGUCAGGUUUGGCAUAUGCUUCAAAUCCAGUUCCUCCAGUGUACAGUGAUUCCAAAUCAAUUCAGGCUGUGUGUAGAAUGCACCCUAACACUCGAAUAGCACUUGGCUUGCCUCGUGUAUAUGGUCAAAUUUUUUUCAAACAGUCAGGACCAAAAGAAAAGCUGAGGGUGACUUUCAGACUGUAUGGCCUUCCUGACCAAAGUAAGCAGCCCAGAGCAGUGCACAUUCAUGAAUAUGGAGACUUGAGUAAAGGUUGUGAAUCUACAGGUGUGCAUUACAAUCCCCUCGGAAUGAACCAUCCACAACAUCCAGGUGAUUUUGGGAACUUUGUGCCCAAUAAUGGGAAGAUUCGACAAUCACUGGAUGCUGAUGCAACACUCUUUGGGAAGCUCUCAGUACUUGGCCGAUCUGUUGUGAUUCAUGAGGGAGAGGAUGAUUUGGGAAGAGGUGGCAAUGCAGAAAGCCAGCAGAAUGGCAACGCUGGACGGCGACUGGCAUGCUGUGUUAUUGGGCUGGGCAACCCCAGAAAUUAAUACAUACUACAAAUGAAAAAACAUUACAAUAUUUUCUUUUUAUAUAUAUAUAUAUAUAUAAAAAUAUUUCAAGCUGAAUAACUGCUCUACAUUGUUUAGAAUUAGUGUUGCAGUAGAAUUGUAGUUUUAUUACUCAAAAUGUAUGUUCUUUAAUAAAUCUGGGUCAUUGACAAAUAAGGAAAGGUGAUAAAACACAUUAUCAAGUUUAUAAAAAGUAUGCAUAUUAAAAAAAGCCAAAGUUUUCUUAGGCUUACUCUAUUUAACCUGAACAAAAUGUGCCUUUUCAUUACAAUGUCCAAAUAUCUGAUCAUUUUCAAAAAUGUCACACACAGAGUGUCUAUGGUUCCUCUCUAUUUUAUGUGUUGUUGUUUUUUUGUCACAUGACAAAAUACAAAAUACAAUUAUUAUUUAUUACUUAUUUUUAAACACAAUUCACAAUCAUAUUUGAUCUAAUUACACAAUGAUGACUCAUAGACAUUAUAGACAUUACAGUUUUAUCUUUUGUUAAUGCCUGAUCUUCUGUAAAGCUUCUUUGAAACGAUGUAUGUUGUGAAAGGCGCUGUACAAAUAAAAAUGAUUUGACUUGACUUGA